AUGCAGAAUAUCCCCAUAGAUACCCUCUCAGAUGUGUCGGACAGCGACUCUGAGGCGGAAAAGAGCACGUCAUCGCCGCCUCCUCCUCCCAAUGCGCUGCCUCAGUCCCCAUCGGAUGCCACCGCUCAAGGUAUCUCCCCGUCGUCUCCCCCUCCAUCAUGUCCGCGAGGCAGUCGACACAGGCGGAAACCUAAAAGGUUUAAGGGUGAUGCCUCACUUUGCGCCGAUCCUGAAAUGACAAAAUGGUGGAAGAGGCGGUAUGAUCUAUUUGAACGGUUCGAUGAUGGUAUCGAACUAGACAGGGAAUCCUGGUAUAGUGUUACGCCUGAGGCUAUCGCCCGCCAUCAAGCUAAGACCUGCGCCUGUAACCUCAUAAUCGAUGGUUUUGCGGGGGUCGGUGGCAACUCGAUUCAAUUUGCACAAACCUGUGCUUUCGGUCAGUUGCAACUCAAACGUACAUUUCCUCGGUUGGCUUUUCUUUCUCCUUGA